GCUAAGGAUGCGUCACGCUGUGAUCCUUGUUUUCGUGUGUUGCCUGCUGAUCGCCUUGGCCUCUGCCGGUUUGCUGGGCGGUGGAGGCGGUGGUGGUGGCUACGGCGGCGGUGGUGGUGGCCAGGGUGGCUACGGCGGUGGUGGCGGAGGCGGUGGUGGUCAGGGCGGCUAUCAGAAGAACGGAGGAGGUGGCCAUGGAGGUGGCGGCCAUGGAGGCGGCGGCCAGGGCGGCUACGGCGGCGGUAGCCAAGGUGGACAUGGAGGUGGGCAGAAGAACGGAGGAGGCGGCUAUGGAGGUGGUGGACAAGGAGGCUUCGGAGGUGGCAAUAAAGGUGGCCACGGAGGACAAGGAGGUUACGGCGGCGGCCAAGGAGGCGGCGGCCACGGAAGCAAGUCCUUGGCCGGCAAUCGCGGCAGUUCCGUGUCCUGGCAGGGCGGAAAUGGAGGCAACAAGCACGGAGGCGGCGGAGGAGGUGGUGGUGGACUCUACGGUGGUGGCGGCGGUGGAGGUGGCAAACAGCACGGCGGUGGCUGGUAA